GGUGCCGCCGCCGCCGCCGCCGCCGAGCUGCAGCUCCUCGGCGCCUUUUGCAUGAAGAUGGCGGCUCCCACCGCCGGCAAGGCAGCAGCCUCCCUGGGCUGUAACAACAAGCCGACGUUCCCGGAGCUGGAUUUCAGGUCGGGAGCUCGGGUGGAGGAAUUGAACAAACUCAUCCAAGAAUUCACCAAGCACGACCAGCGGGAAUACGACGAUCAGAGAGCGCUGGAGAUUCACACAGCCAAGGAUUUCAUCUUUUCCAUGCUGGGCAUGGUGCAAAAGCUGGACCAAAAACUUCCAGUAGCCAAUGAGUAUCUGUUACUCUCCGGAGGAGUUCGGGAAGGUGUGGUGGACUUGGACUUAGAUGACUUGAAUGUCUAUGCUCGGGGGACCGAUUAUGACAUGGACUUCACCCUUCUGGUGCCAGCCCUGAAGCUGCAUGACCGCAAUCAGCCUGUGACUCUCGACAUGCGCCACUCAGCUUUGUGCCACUCCUGGCUGAGCCUUCGGCUUUUCGAUGAGGGGACAAUCAGCAAAUGGAAAGACUGCUGCACUAUCGUCGAUCACAUCAGCGGUGCCACCAACUACUUCUUCUCCCCAACCAAAGUCGCCGAGUGGUUCUACGAUUCCAUUAGCAUUGUCCUCUCAGAGAUCCAGAAGAAACCCCAGCGAGGGAUGCCAAAGGUGGAAAAGGUGGAAAAGAAUGGGACGAUCAUCUCCAUCAUCCUGGGAGUGGGGAGCAGUCGCAUGUUAUACGAUAUUGUCCCAGUCGUGUCAUUCAAAGGCUGGCCCGCAGUGGCCCAGAGCUGGCUCAUGGAGAACCACUUCUGGGACGGGAAGAUUACAGAAGAGGAGGUCAUCAGUGGGUUUUACUUGGUGCCUGCUUGCUCCUUCAAGGGGAAGAAGGACAAUGAGUGGCGACUGUCCUUUGCCAGGAGCGAAGUGCAGUUGAAGAAGUGCAUCUCCAGCAGCCUCAUGCAGGCCUAUCAGGCCUGCAAAGCCAUCAUCAUUAAACUGCUGUCCCGGCCCAAGGCCAUCAGCCCCUACCACCUUCGGAGCAUGAUGCUCUGGGCCUGUGACAGACUUCCUGCCAACUACUUGGCUCAAGAAGACUAUGCAGCCCAUUUUUUGCUGGGCCUCAUAGAUGACCUCCAACACUGUCUGGUCAACAAGAUGUGUCCCAAUUAUUUCAUCCCGCAGUGUAACAUGCUGGAGCACUUGUCGGAGGAGACAGUCAUGCUCCACGCGCGGAAGUUGUCCUCGGUUCGCUCGGACCCAGCAGAGCACUUGCGCACAGCCAUCGAGCAUGUCAAGGCGGCCAAUCGGCUGACGCUGGAGCUGCAGAGGCGAGGGAGUACCACCAGCAUCCCUUCCCCACAGUCCGACGGGGGGGACCCCAACCAGCCAGAUGACCGGUUGGCAAAAAAACUGCAGCAGCUAGUGACUGAGAACCCAGGAAAAUCCAUCUCUGUCUUUAUCAACCCUGAUGAUGUCACACGGCCCCAUUUCAGAAUCGAUGACAAAUUUUUCUGAGCGUUUUCCUGUCUCUAGAUUUUUUUCUUGCUGGUUCUACAACUCUCUUAAUGUGCUGUGUGGAUUGUGAUGCCGUUUUCUGUUUUGUUUAUUACCUAUUCGGGGGCUAGAUGAGAUCAUUUAAGACCUCAUUUUAAAGUUUCCUGAUUCUGCAGAAUGUGCAGGCUCUGAAACGGUAUAUUGCUAGAUUAUAUUCUGCCUCUAAUAUUUGUUUACUUUCCAUGGUUAUUGUUACAGAGUUUGUUUUAUUUGUUCAGUUUUCUUUCUUUUUUUUUUUUAAGGAGAUCUUGAGCCAUAGAAAAAUGCCCAUGAAUUAUUUUGCUUCUUUGCUCAUACUUCGUGCAAAUUUGUUCAUGGGGAUGAGGAAGCAAAUCUCUUUCCGACACUAAGGAUUUUUUUUUUCUUUUUUUUCCUUUGCUCUCUUCUUAAAUGAACUUUCAUCACUACAGAUAUUUGAGGAUCAUCUGAACCUAAGAACUACCUGAAAAGUCUGCUGGGCUUAUUUCUUUUGACCAGUGGCCAGAGUAGAUUUUUUUUUCCCCCUUUCCAUUGGCCAAUAAGGACUUUGAAAGUGAUAAAUGCUACAAAUUGUGUUUGCAGCAACUUUAUUGAAUGUAAUUGUCCUCAGAUCAGAACUAUGAAUGGUUCGGAGGGUGCUUGACAACUUUAAAAACAAAAUUAAGGUUUCCAAAUGGUAGUGUUAGCAUAUGUAAUUGUUUAAAGCCUUAUUUAAAUCCUAUUACAGAACAUACCAUUAUAAUUGUUAUUUGCACUAAUGAAAUCUUGGCCAUUGUCAGACUUCCAAUGUGUGUGUUUUAGUCUAAAUUGUUGUCCACUGUGAAAAUGCUGUUCUUCCCCCACCACUUCCCCACUUAGCCCAUUUCUCCGAACUGACAAAAUGGUUCUUUGUAUUUGUUUAAUUCUCCCUUAAUUAUGGGGACCUGUGUUCCCCUUUUUUAUAUUUCUGGUUCCUAGCUUACUGAGAGAACUUUUUAAAGCUUUAUAUGUGCUCAGAGACUUUAUGGGGAUGAGGGGGGAAAUACUUGAUAAAGUAGGUGUCCUCAUACAUAUUUCUUUGGGGGUUACAGAGGAAAGCUUUUUUGUAAUGUCUCUUUGCUUUUGCUGAGAAUUUUGAGGAAAACUGACAGGAAGAACUUAGAAUCCCAUAAUAGAAGAAAACAUGUCUGUUCAAAAGCAAGUUCCACUCUCGAAUGGGAGCUGGGAAAUAUCUGGGUGGCAGCCUGGUUGUGGCAAUGUCCUGUCUUCAAAAAUGAAAUUACUUGCCAGGUUGAGGAGCCACAGGAGAUUGGCUUCUUGUUUGGGAUGAACUGAUGGCAAAUAGGAUCGAGAGGUUGGGGGUGGGGGGCUGAUGAUUUCUUAAAAGAUAAUCAUGACAUUUGUUAUAAAACGAUUCAACAACAUUUUGGUUUUCAUCUUGAAUGUGCAGACUCAUGAGUUGGUAUUUGGCUGGUUGAAAUCAGGCAUUUGCAGUCUUGGGUUUUUGCAUGGGAAUUAAUGUAUUGCUUAUCAAUGAAAAUGAAAUCAUUGAACCAUCUUGAGACAAACACAAGAAUAAUAAAAGAAGCAUA